CAAGACAUGCAGACUGCUUCUACAAACAUUUGUGAAAGAAUGGGUCACUCUCAAGAGCACAGUAAAUUCAAGCAUGGUACUGUGAUAGGUUGCCACCUGUCUAAUGAAUAUUCCAAGAGAGAUUCAUGGAAUGAGUUUCCAUGGCCGAUUAGCUACAUCCAAGCCUUACAUCACCAAGUGCAAUGCAAAGUGUUGGAUGCAGUGGUGUAAAGCACACUGCCAGUGGACUCUAGAGCAGUGGAGACGUGUUCUCUGGCAUGACGAAUCAUACUUCUCUGGCAAUCCAAUGGACGUGUCAGGGUUUGGCGGUUGCCAGGAGAAUGGUACUUGCCUGACUGCAUUGUGCCAAGUGUAA